AUGGUGGAAAAAAAAUUUAAGUUAUGCUUAUUUAUUAAAAUUGGUACUUUUUUCUUUUUAUCUUGGAUAUGUUAUUUUUACAAUGAUAUGAGUAUGAUUAACAAAUACCUGCUUCAGCCAUACAAUAUAGGUAAUAAAUUUUAUGCAAGAACUUAUAGAUUACUAGCAAAACAUAAACAAGAAAAUAGUUUAAAUAAUGGAUGGUUAAAUUAUAGUAUUCUAGACAUUGGAAAAUACGAAAAGAAAGAUGCUUUUAAUGACAAAUUAUCCAAAGAAAAAAAUAAAAAAACAAAUAAAUGUUCAUUAAAUAAUAUCAAAGGGUAUGGACAAGCAAGGGAAGUUAAAUCUUCUGCACUCACAGUAGGGGAUAAAUAUUUUGCAAAAAGAAUGCUAGAUAAUACACAUUUUCUAAAUAAUAUUAGAGGUGUUACUAAUGCUAAUAUAAGGAAUUUAAGAAAGAAGAGAAAUGAUAAAUAUAAAGUGCUUUUUAUGUUGACUGGGAUUCUUAUAUUAGUUGGAUUAUCAAUGACUCUUAUUAUAUAUAUAUUAAAUUAUUUUAAUGUAUUUAGUAAAUGGACACAGGAACUAACGGUAAUUAUGGUACUUUUUUUAAUAUUGAGCAUGUUAGUUAUAUCAUUGAUUGCAUAUGUCUGCAAAAAAAUAAAAAAACAUGAGAAGUCAUUACGUAUAAUCAGUGAAAUACAUGAUAGGGAUUAUCUUCAUUUCCCUAAUGUGUAA